CAGGCGGUCCAUCUACUUUGCGGAAAUCCACAUCGGCGACCUUUUCUGACAAGUCCUCAGAACCAUGUGGGCACGCGGCAUGCUCGGGUCGUUACCCGCUUUGAUUCUCCUCUCCGCAACUUCCACCAGUGCUAUCACCCUUGAUUGCAAGGACGUCUUGGUCAAAGACCAGCACUUCGACCUUUCCGAACUUGCCGGUCCCCAUGCUGUGCAUCUGAUCGAAGAAACGCCCCCGAGCCUUUCCAACACCACCUUUACCAUCGACAUCUGUAACCCGCUCAAGAGGACAAAAGGCGUCCCCAAAGACAACGAAUGCCAGACUGGCACAUACGCUUGUGGUAUUGAAUACGACUACAAUCUUGCCGACAACUCUAGUACCAUCAGGAGAGUCAUCCCUAUCGCCGGCCAGUAUGCAGGCUCUCAUGGCAGAUUCCUGGACCCGGAGUGGACCCGCCUGAAGAACUCAGCCUCCCACGAUGAUGCGAACAAGGAAGGCUUAAGAGUUGAGCUACACGGAGGAAAAUACCCGUUCGAAAAGUCCAAUGGUCGCCAGCAAAAGGCAAUUAUCGAGUUCCAAUGUGAUCGCAACAGAACCGGACUUGAGGGUGCUGAGGGUGACUCGCGCGAUAAGCUUGAGGAGGAAAAUGUUGCAGGCUUGCUGAUGCGCGACGAUACGGAUGAUAAGAAGGACGACAAGGAAAAGCCUGCCGAGGAUGCAAGUCUUCAGCUCGUCAGCUACAAGUCCGAGGGAGAGGGUGAUAAUGAGUUCGAUGUCCUGCGGUUGCAGUGGAAGACAAAAUACGCCUGCGAAGGCAUGACAGAACACAAGCCCUCUUCUGGCAACAAGUCCAGCAGUCACUGGGGCUUUUUCACCUGGUUCCUUAUCAUCGCCUUUUUGCUGAUCGCAACGUACUUGAUCAUGGGUUCUUUCUUGAACCGCAGCAAGUACGGCGCAGAAGGCUUUGACUCUGUUCCCCAUGCCGAUUUCUGGCGGGAGUUCCCUUAUACUGUCAAGGACUGGGGACGUUCAAUCGUUGGUAUGGUUCAGGGUCAUAGCAGUCGUGGCGGAUACAGUGCAGUUUGAGCGUUGGAAAUGACCACUUUUAUGCACAUCUUUUCGCCCUCCUUGAUGAGGCCUCUUCCGUUUCGUUUAUGCCAACUCUAGGAUUUCAACAGAAUAUCGGCAUUGGUCACGGAAACUGUCUUAUAUCUCGUGCACUCCGCAGCAAAACGCUGCAGCUGUGCGUUUACAUUCAGAUCUUCGAACUUGCAGGUUGCGGAGACACAAGGUGCUUUCGUGGUCAGCGCGG